AUGAAGUCCUUUGCGGGUAUUCUCUUGAGCUUUGGUGCUCUAGCAGCGGCUGCCCCUGCUCCUGCUCCCCAGCUGACUCUAACGCCCGCCAGCGCUCCCAUCCCUCCUGUCCGAAGCAGUGAAGUCACGGGACCGACCUCUCAUGGCCCUUACAACGGUCCUAGUCCGACGGUGACGGGAGCUUUGAGCGCGCCCGCGGUGGCUCAAUCGAUUGCUCCUGCUGGCCCUGCACCGGUCACGUAUACCAACAAUAAUGGGUUGCUACAGGCUUCGAACAUGCCAGUUCCGUAUCAGCCGGCUGGGGGGCAGGGCACCAAUGGAACCUUGCCAUACUAUCACCCGCUGUCCGACUUCGACUACGAGUCUCUGACUCUCGCUCUUUACCAGGAAUGGAUAGAGCUGGACCUGUUCCACAAUGGACUCGCUCGUUUCUCCGUCCAGGAUUUCAACAACGCCGGAUUGACGGCCGAGGAUCGAUUUUUGAUCGAGUUCAUGGCAAACCAAGAGGUCGGCCACGCGACGCUGCUCAGCAACAUCCUAGGACCUGCGGCGCCACCUCAAUGUACCUACAACUAUCCCUACACCAACGUGCGGGAGUUCAUCGACUUUUGCCAGAAAUUGACUCGCUUUGGCGAGAGUGGCGUUUACGGUUUCCUCGGGCAUCUCGAUUCGCGAGAGUCUGCCACGUUACUGCUUGAGUCCAUCUCCACUGAAGCUCGCCAACAGUUGAUAUUCCGCCAGUUUGACGGUCUGUUCCCGAUGCCGUUGUGGUUUAUCCCUGGCAUUCCUCAAUCCUGGGCAUGGACACUGCUUGCGCCGUAUAUCUCGAGUUGCCCUGCGAACACGACCCGCUUGGCAUGGCAGAAUUUCCCUGCGCUGACCAUCGUGAACAACCCGAAUCCGGCAAAGACAAACCCCAAUAUCGGCCCCGUGUCGAACACCACCGGAUCCAACCCGCUGAACACCACCGGUAUCGCUUCGAGCAAUCUGUGUAUCGACGCAGAGGGUGCUUCUUCAGACUGUGGUCCGGCCAUCAGCCAGAACAAGUCUAUCCCACUCUCAUAUCCCGGCAGACCCAUCCAAUUCUCCUGGGGCAAUGUGAACCAAACCGUUGGUCCUAACAACAGUUACAUCACCGCGCGAUCUCCGUUGGCCGAUGCGCCCCGCUAUGCACUCUUCGUCUCCCAGCUCAACGCCACCUUCAUCCCACUCGUUAACAUCAGUGGCAACACCGCCGCGGUCGUCCAGCCCAACAUGUCGACCUUUGCUGGAGAUCCUGCCGUCAAUGCAACCAUGUUCAUCGCUUUGACCAGCCAAAAUCCAUAUGUCACCCCGUUCAACUUAUCCAUGGUUAAUCCGUGA